GAUCCACAUACUCUGAUGGAUGAACUCGUACGAGAAUUCACUCUCAAUGACGAACAACGGCGUGCGUUCAGAAUUGUUGCCGAGCAUAGCUUGUUAAUCAAUCCCGAACCUUUACGAAUGUUCUUAUCAGGCCCCGGAGGAACAGGGAAAAGCCGCGUGAUCAAUGCUCUGCGUGCAUGGUUUGAGCGACGUGGUCAGUCUAGACGGUUCCGCUUAGCUUCGUAUAUGGGAGUAGCUGCAAAGAACAUAGCAGGUUCAACAUUGCACUCAUGCCUAAGUCUCAACCGUAACUAUGCAUCCCGCGCAACUCAGCAUCGCCAAAGAGAACUCGCACUGUACUGGAACGGAGUUGAUUACGUGUUCAUUGACGAGGUGUCCAUGUUGGGAUGCAACCUUAUGGUACAGAUCAGCGAGGCCCUUUCGCUC